UCUGAAAAUUGUGCUGCGGCCUAUACACGCACGCGACCUGUACAUGCGUAAAUACGGUAUAUCUGUGCCAUGAGGUGAAGCAGUAAGAUGCGAAUAACAAGUAUGAUCAGACACUGAAGGAGGAUUAUUGGAGUAAGCUGAUUUGGCAGGAGAAGUGGGUGAAGAAAUGUUGGAAUAGUUUGAUUGGACUGAUGACACAGUAGUAGAUGAACACUUCCAAACACUUGAAGCCAGCUUGCAGCUGUAGUCGUAUUUUCAAGAUCUAUGCUCUGCGAAGGUAUGUCACUUUCGGAGCUAUACUUUGAGUAACCUUCUGAUCUUGAAGGUCCUGGACUAGGCGUAUAGUGUGAGCUACCUGGUGAUAUUGAAUCAUAAAUUGAAGGUUCUGGACUGGGCGUACUGCAGUGAGAUUUUGCUCUGGUAGCAUCUUCCAUUUGUUGUGCCAGUUCCUCUUGCAUUAAUAUUUCUGCAAUUUUAAAUUUCACUACUGGUGAGAAUUUUUUUUAUGGUUUUGGCAUAUCCCAUACAGAGUAAACCAUCAUCAUAGGCUGAGUUUCGAUCGAUCUAUUUUCCAAAUAAUUCAAUAUUUGUCCUACUGAAGAAGAAGGCUGGGGAGAUGUUUCUCCGCCAUGCUCCCUUUUUCGAAUACGAGAGGAUAGAUGACAUGCUGGUCUGGGAAAACUUUUCUGUCCAGGUUGAAGAUGUGAUGAUAUGACUUCAGCCUGUUGAGUGCCUUCAUUUUCUUUAGUCAGAAUGGAUUCAGAUUCAGCUACUUCAGAAUUAACUACAGAAUCUGGGCUGGAUAUAUUUGACUCUGUACUUGCAAACUGUAGAAAAGGGCUGAAAAAUGACAUCUGCUGGGCCCAUGGCCAAGUUUUAUAUUUAUUCAGAGUGUUUGCUGCUUGUCCUGUACGCGUCUUCUCAGCUCUUAGGUGUUAGCAUAGCAGUCCCUUAGGUUCUUCCACUUCUUCACCUCCUGACCUGAAAAGCACACAAGCAGAUAUCACGUAAGAGAAAAAAUGUUUUCGUUUAUAUUUUCUGUUUUAGGUUUCUAGCAACUGGUGACUCUUAUACCACAAUAGGCCACAGCUUUCGGAUGGGAUUUUCUACAGUUAGUGAUAUUGUUAAGGAAGUGUGUGACGCAAUUUGGAAACGUUUGCAGCCUACUUACAUGCCUGAACCUACAAAAGAAAUGUGGGAAGAAAUAAUAUUAGGUUUUAAUGAAACAUGGCAGUUUCCUAAUUGUCUUGGAAGCAUCGAUGGGAAACACAUUACCAUAAAGUGCCCAAAUAAUUCUGGUUCAAAGUAUUUUAGCUAUUUGAAAAAAUAUUCGAUAAUUUUAAUGGCUAUUGUUGAUGACAAUUACAAAUUUAUUUGUAUAGACGUAGGUGGUUAUGGAAAGAAUAGUGAUGGUGGUAUUUUUGAAGCAUCGGCUAUGGGGAGAAAGAUAGCUGAUGGAACAUUCAGUAUUCCAGCAGAUAGGUCCUUGCCUGGUCAGAAUGAACUUACUCCUUGUGUGUUAAUAGGCGACGAAGCAUUUCCACUACGCCCAAAUAUAAUGCGCCCCUUUCCAUACAGACAACCAAGACAGGACUACAGAAAGGAGAUCUACAAUAAGCGACUAUGUCGAGCUCGACGUGUUGUAGAAAAUGCGUUCGGAAUUUUAGCUCAAAAGUGGAGGAUAUUUCUUAGGCCAAUUCAGGUGAAAGUGGAAACUACAAUAUCUAUUGUAAAGGCCGCAUGCAUUCUACAUAAUUAUUUGCGUUCAACAAACUCUGGCAUGAGGUUCGAGCACUUACUAGAACCUCAAGAAGCAGUAGCAGAGGCUCUUGGAAACCUACAACUAGAAGGAAGAAGGGCAACUAAUUUAUCUGCUCAGAUACGUGAGAGACUUUUUGCGUAUUUCAAUAUGUAAAAAGUUGUACUUUUACUCCGCCUUCUGUAGUCUUUCUUGAUUAACAUAAAAAAACUUAUUUACAAGGGCAGUAUUUGUAUAUUAAAUAUUGUUGUCUGUUGUCAUAACAUAAAUAUGAAGAAAACUAUUACAGUGUUUAAGUAUUUACUUAACACAACGUGUGUAAUUGUUCCGUUGAAAUGAUUUUGUAUACAACUAUGCAUAAUAGAUUAAAUAGUAAAUAAUUGAUGAAAAUAAAUGGAAAAUGUGUGAACUUACCGCUUGUUACUAGCGAUCUGGCCAUUUGUUCCAAGACGUCAUAUUUCUUUUUUAUAUUUUUAUAAUCAGGAUGCGACAAAUCAAAUAAUAUAUUAUGUAAUUUUACUUCUUCAAUAAGUUGCUCUGUUGUACUCAUUGUUCAAGCUAACACACAGUGACGCGGGCAGCGGUCAAACUCGACAAGCUGCAUCUGAUCGCCACCGCGGAGUAGAACGCUGCCCGCAAGAUCGCUGCCUGUCGGAAAGGGUCUAUAAGUUCAGCGGAAAUAUCUGACCGCCACCGCCAUCGCGCCCGCCACCGCGAUCGCUCUGGUGUGUGGAAGCCUUAGUAGGGUAACUUGUACCGGAAGUCUGGAAUCUGCUCGAUUGGCUUUAUGACAUUUGUUGCAGCAGUGUGUCUUGAAAUUUUGUUCUAACUCGUAGUUUCUGAAAUGGAUCCAUUCUUUUGAAAUUGGCAGUAAUCAUCUCAGAAGGAGAGAAUUCUCAUCUUCCGGCGUUUGAAGGAGUGCAAGCUUUUUAGCCUUAAUGUCUUAAGAGUCUCUGUUCUACUUCAAUAUUAUCUUCCCUUACUCUCUUCCUCCUUGGACGAGGUACUGUUGCAUUGGACAAAGAUAGUGGAUUUUCUGUUAGUUGAGAACCAGGCGGUGUUAGCCUGGUCGUCCACUGGAACCGUAUCUUCCGUGGCCCGUAUACGGCCGACCAGGUCGUCCGAUUUAAAACCUCGUCCACUGCAGCCGAAUUACAUCCGACACAGUGCCGCUCCGUCAGUGUGGCCUUGUAUCGCCAGUGAACCGCGUGUUUGUUGUUACAAAAUGGAUGAUGAUCUGUAUUUCCUGGAAAAUCCAUAUCUCGUGAGGCGAAGAAUGCAGCGAAAGCGAAGGAAGUACUGGGUCAGUCCCAUAUUAAUCAAAAGAAGAAUUCUGGGAGAAUUCCAUCACCUACAUGAGGAGUUGAAGAGAAACGGGGAAAAAUUUUGCGACUACUAUAGGAUGAACAUGGAGACAUUUCAGUAUACUUUAAUGGCUAUUCAGCCCUCAAUAACGAAAUGGUCGAAUUUCAGAGAAGUUAUACCACCUGAGGAGCGUUUGGCUUUAACAUUAAGGUAAGUUGUACACAUUUUGAGUUACAAACAUUUUUAUUGAACAAGAACGGAAAAAUACACGUAGGUUUACAGUUUACAACAUAGUAUACAUAGGAAUAGUGAAAAAUAAUUUUGUUCAAGAUGUUCCAGUUGCGUUUUAUGUGAAAUUGGAAAGGUAAGACGCCACAGUCUGCAUGGGUUCCCUUUCUGUUUGAUUAAGGGACUCGCUGUUUGCUGGUUGUGUGAAAUUGCUGACGUUUGGAAGAGUAUUUUGUUCUUCCUCAAUGAA